CUCAGCGCGUGCCGCUCGCUUUCCAUAUGCUUUGUCAAUGUGUCAACUUGCUCCAGCUGAGGUUUGGAGGAGGGAUAGAAGAGGAGAGGAGGAGGAAUCUGGUAGGAGGUCUUUCGCACGUAGCCCGCUUACAAAUGAACGCCGCGCCGGGGCCAAACUCACGCGCUCUCUCCGCCACUUUCAUUUUUUCCCCCCCUUGUCUUUUUUUGGAGGCGUUGCGCAUCGACGCCGAAGCGCCCGCCUCCAUUCUUUCUUCCCGCUUCACUUCGGGCGCAUCUAGCUCCGGCCGAGCGACACUGCGGCUCGGCGAGCGGAUCGGAUCGGAUCCCCCCUCCCCCCACCUCCGCCCCGUCAAAGCCAUCUGCCAUGCCGGAUCCGCAUCGGGGGAAACGCUCUUCUCUCCGGUCCUCUCCUCGUUGUCGUAAACUCCGCUCGCGGGCGGCGCGGACCGCCCGCCGCCAUCAGCGAGAUUAUCGGGAGCCGUAAAAAAAAAAAAAAAAAAAAAAAAAACCAAAGCUAAAGACCACUUUAGCGGUCACGGACGGUGCUCCGACUCUGCGGACGAGUCGCCUCUCGCCGUAAAUCAAGCCCGGAGCGUCGGAGGGAGCGCAAAUACGAAUGCUUGGGGCAUGGUGCCCACGCCCCAGGUGUGCGUAUCCACCCUGGUGACGGUGAGCACGAUGGCGGUGGUGGACCUCUACCUGCUGGAGCAAAGCAUGCCGGGAGCACGCGGGGCGGCGGGGCCCGGCGCGUGGCAGUGCGCCGCCGUCUUACUGGGCGACGCCGGCUUCCUGCUGGCGCUGCGCUUCGUGUCGGCCGGGGUGGUGUCGGAGGCGCGCUCGCCCCGCCGGGGCUUCGCCAACGCCUUGUGGUUCCUCUUCCUGUCGCUCCUCCAGCUCAAGCUCUUCUUCGUCUGCCACAACUACAGGCAGGAGCGGCGGCCGCCCGACCCGCUGGCCAGAAAGGUCCUGACGCUCCUGCUCUCCGUCUGCCUGCCGUCCCUCUUCCUCAUCCUGACGGGGGCCGACUACAUGACGCCCCAGCGGAGGAAGCAGGAGGUGCGGGGGCGCCUCCUGUGGGUGGUGGUGGACCUGCUGGACGUGUUGGACCUGCAGGCCGGGCUGUGGGAGGCCCAAGGAGGGGCGGCGGCCCCCGAGCGACGGCUCCCCGUCUGGGCCGAGGGCUUGGUUUUCUUCUACUGCUACGCCCUUCUGCUUUUGCUACCGUGCGUGGCCCUCACGGAACUGGGGGCCACGGGCCUCCCGGGACAGAGGGGCCCCCGCAGGGAGGCUUUGUACCCGUGGCUCAGCCUGGUCACCGUCAACGUCUUCACCCUGGGCCUGAGGGGCGCCGGCGUGCUGUGGUACAGGGACCCCCGAGUAUCCACCGUCUUCCUGGGGAAGAACCUACUGGCGCUGGCGGUGAAACUGAGCUCGGCUCGCGAGAGGCAAAAGCAGGAGCGCGGCGCGGGGGCGUCGCCCGGGGUCCGACGAGAAGAAACCGCGUCGGCCGGUCGCCGCGCCGAGCGGGGAGAGAGUCAAACGGAGGUCAACUUUCACGCGCCGUCCGGCUCGCGGAGCCCGGGCCGCGCCGACUCACCUUUAGCGCCCUCCUUCAUCUCCCAGGAACUCUAAUCUAUGCACGGCCACCGCGAGCCAUACAAAUGGACGCCGAGCCGCGACGCUCGGAUUUAUGCCCGCUGGGAUCACUGUGCCCGCUCCGUUGUUUCUUUGUGGACGUUUGACGAUUUAAAAUGCAGAGAAUGUUCAUCUCUCGUCGUUUUCAUAAAGCCGCCGUCAGCUGAAAACUCAUUGGCCGCCAUUGAAGUGGGAGGAUCGUGCCGCCGACCCUCCCGCUUCAGAUGGAUUGGACGUCUGCUCCCGAUAGAGUCAAAUGCAUUAUUAACUCAUUGGCUGCCAUUUUGAAAAAAAAAGUCUAUAUUUAUUUUAUUAAAAAUUUUUUUUCAUUUUAUUCCCUUUUUUUUUUUAAUGCUUUAAUAGUAUUUAUCGUUAAGUUUUGGGAGUGAUUUAAGAUGAUUUUAAAAAUGAUUGUUUUUCAUUUUAUGUUGCUAAAAUAUCCAUUAAAAUUUUUUUGAUGCAUUUUUGGACUGAUUUUUCUUUUUUAAAUUUCAUUUGUUGUUCAGUUUUGUGUUGUUUUGUUGUUGACAAAUAGAGAAAUACUAAGAAUUUUUAUUUCGUGUUCUAGCCUUUUUUAUUUAAAAAUACUGAUUUUUUUUCUCAAUAAAAUAAAAUUCAUUCAGUGAGAAUUAGCUUCAUUACGUUAUGAAUUAUAAAAAAAAAAUUUGAACCCUUUAACAGCCAUUGUGAUUGUUAUUGUAUGAUUUUUUUUUUCAUGCAUUUUUGAAAUUAUUAUUAAAACAAACUAUAACAACAGAUAAGCAUGUCCUUUGGCAGCAAUUUUUAAAAAAUAUAUUUUUUAUUUAUUUAUUUAUUAUUUAAAGAAACUCUUGGCCGACGCCGGUGGACAAAAGCAGUAAUGCUUUGCCUUGAGGAAGACUGCGUUUCCCAUGAGGCCCAGUGCGUCCUCAAUCAAUCAAAAAUCCAUCUCCCGGUCACCUGCAGAUGGAUUAAACGACAUUUCUGUUUCCGGCCGCUGUGUGAAGGAU